UUCAGUGGUCUUAUUGUUCCUGAGAGGGAUGGCAAUGAAACAAUCCCAGAAGUUGUAGCCACUUCUGGCUAUGUCCUACUGCAUUUCUUUAGUGAUGCUGCCUAUAAUUUGACAGGGUUUAACAUCACCUAUAAUUUCGACAUGUGUCCCAAUAAUUGUUCUGGCCGAGGAGAGUGCAAACACAAUAACGGCAGUAACACUGUUAAAUGUGAAUGUUCUGAACACUGGAAAGGAGAGGCGUGCGAUAUUCCUUAUUGCACAGAUGGUUGUGGAUAUCCUGCGAGAGGUCAGUGCAACAUGAAUGGGACCAAAGGAUGCUUGUGCAAUUCAGGCUGGCAAGGUCCUGGCUGUGCAGUCCCCGUACCAGCUAAUCAGUCAUUCUGGACUCGUGAGGAAUACUCUAGUCCGAAGCUUCCCAGAGCGUCUCACAAAGCUGUUGUCAAUGGCAAUGUAAUGUGGGUUGUUGGAGGCUACAUGUUCAAUCAUUCCGAUUCCCGUAUGGUUUUAGCGUAUGACCUUGUUUCUGAGGAGUGGCUUGCACUGAACAGCACUGUGAACUCUGUAGAGAUCAGAUAUGGUCAUUCAUUGGCGUUACACGAGAAUAAAAUCUAUAUGUAUGGAGGAAAAAUAGAUGCAACGGGGAAUGUGACCAAUCAGCUGUGGGUAUUCCAUAUACACAAUGAGUCAUGGGUUCAAGUGACCCCAAAAGCCAAGGAGCAGUAUGCAGUUGUUGGCCACUCAGCACACAUUGUCACUCUGGAAGAUGGCAGUGCUGUUAUGCUCAUCAUCUUUGGGCACUGCCCUCUGUAUGGGUAUAUCAGCAAUGUGCAGGAAUAUAACCUUGUGUAUUUUUUAGAACUUGAAUCUAAUGUCGUGUACAAAAUGCUUGAAUAUCUGUACAGUGACUAG